AUGCAAGUGUUGAUAGGGAGGGAGAGAACAGCCCACAUUCACUCUCCCUUUGCGCUCGAACCAAAUUUUGAGCGAUAAUUGAAAACCCUAAUCUCACACAGUAAGACUUUUUGCUACUUUACGGGCUGCUGAUUGCAUAUUUCAAACGACCACUGAAAUUUCAGCUGUCUUAGGAAUUUCUGCGAUCUGUUUUGCUUUUGUUGUUGCUUUUUUAGGUAUUCCGAGGGAUGAGCAAAGAGAAGCCGCCGGAGCCUCUUGAUUUCUUCAUUUGGACUGUUGAGGAUGUUGGUUUGUGGUUGGAAGAAAUAAAUCUUGGUAGCUACCGGCAAAUUUUUAAAGAAAACGGUGUCAAUGGAGAGUACUUGGAAGGAAUGUCCAUGUUCACAACUGAACAGAUCCUACGGUUUAUAAGAAGAUGCCACAUGAAAUGGGGAGAUUUCAUAACAUUAUGUAAGGAGCUUAGGCGAAUAAAAGUCGCUUGCUUAAAGGGUGAACAGAAAGUUCACCGACCAUGGUGGGCCCCCUCGUGCCUCUCUGCAGUCUUUGUCAAGGCAGCCAAGCGUAACCAGCAGUCAAGAGUUGUUUCAUUGAAGCUAGAACCUUGACUUGGAUGUUCGCAACUGUAUGUAUACUUUUACUUCCUGGUGGAAGAUGCAGUAAUAGGGAAAACUUUUUUUUUUUUUUUUUUUUUUGGUGUGGAAUUUCUUUGUGUUUUUUGAUGGUGUAAGUCGUUUGUUGUGGCUCUUUUGGGGAGAACUACCUCUCUUGUCCAGCCCUCUUAUACGUAGCUUUUUAGUCUGUUCACUCUGUUGUAACAAAAGUGUGAUGAAAUCACGAUCAUAUAAAUUUAGUUUUACUUUCCGACU